ACCAAACACACAUCAACUAUUGACUAGAAUGUAUGGCACGUGUCAUUGGGGAGAGGGCGUUGAAGCGGUUCGACCGCGAGGUGGCCGCCGUGUUGGAUACGUUAGUAGAUCGCAAGGCUGCGGUGUGGAGCACCACUGAAGGCACUUCGAUAUCCGCGCAACUGGAGGAUAGCCUCCAUGCACAUCUUCCAGCAAUUGGCAGAGUUGGUGCAAACGCUGUGCUGAUGGCUGCUUUUCUUGGCCGAUCUUGGGCUUCACGGGCUCAAGGAACACUUCAUGGAGAUUCAGCUCCGCGUUUGCCUGCAGCCGCCUAUGCCCAGCUUUUGCGCCGUCUUGGUCAUGAUUUUGCAGUGAACUGGCUAGGUCUAACAGCUGCAGGUUGGCAGCUGCCUGAAGAAAGCCUGGCAAAGUCACUAGCACAGCAACUUUGUACGGUCGAGAAGGAAAGCUUUUGCAAUAUCGCCGCGGCUUUGCUUGCAAUGGCUAAUUGCCACAGAACGAAAGUUGCCACAGCUGUGCAGAAGGUUUCAGAUGAUUUGUCUCUUCAGGUCGCCUUCUCGAUGCUCUUGGCCUUGCUGCAGGAUGUUUGCGAGACAGCGGAACAGGCAUCUGCAGAUUGGGCACCUUUGGCAGUGUCGCUCUCAUCACGUGCACUACAGGACGCUCGUGCUGGUGAACUGCCUCGGGAUUUGUUGCGGACGCGUUUGGAGAGGUGCCCUGACCCUGACGUCAGAGCAGCGUGGUUACAGGUGCUCGAAGUUCUCGGUCCAGAAACUGAGAGAGGUUGUUUGACAGCUCCGGAGCCGUGGCAGCUUGAUUUGCAUCCCAAGGCUGAGGUCUCCGAGGAGGUCGCGCUUUUUUUGGCAAAGCCAUCCAGUCCACCAACCUUCCUGCCAUCGCCAGAUGUCAUACACAAGGCAGAAAAGAGUGCUGUCCCAAAUGGAGGCACGCUGCGAAUAGACCUCUAUGCCAAUCCUUCUGCGAAGGCAGCACAGGAUGCAGUGGUGGCAGCCCUGCCGCCCAGUCGCCGCUGCGAGGCAUUACUGAGUGCUGCCAAAGCGGAGGCAAUGCACGAAACGUUGCCACUGGUACUAGCAGCGUGGCACGAGGCACCAGAGUCUUGCUCUGUAGUUCUGCUGCGCCGGACACCGGAACAACAAGCAAGCUGGCCAAUUCCAGUCUUGGCACCGGUGUUAGUAGCCUUGGUGCGGAGCGAUGCAGCAGGCUGGCGCGCGUGGAAAGACGGACCCUUUGACCGCGGCUUGCUGGCAGCCACAUGGGCUGGCCUUUGCCGUGAAGAUGCUCCAGCAUCUGCCAGAUUUAUUUUCUGGGUGCUCAGCGAAGUGGUCAUUCCAAACCUCAGCUCUAACACAACCAGGCGAUUCGCCGCGGAGACUGCCGGCCUUCUGGCCGACACCUUGAAAGCAGACCUGUUUGCUCGAAGGGCAGAGAUGCAGCGUGCUGAAGUCCUCCAGGAGGGGCUUCUACCCUCUGGUGCAGCUACACGGCUGCAAUCCUUGCAGCAGGUGCCACUGGCUCCGCUGGUGCUUUCACUAGCAGAAGCCCUGUCAGACCAAAGUGCAGAGGAUGCGUUGGUGAGUUGGUUGAAUGUUGCCACCGGGAUAAAAGAUCUUCCACCACAAGAGGUCAGCACUAUGCAGAGAUGUGUUGACUUACACUUGGCCAGAAUUUCAGUUGCCAAAGAAAGCGCCACUGGCUAUGCAGGCCAGCUACUGCGAGCGCUCAUGGGAGCAGACGGAGAUCAUCUUGUCCAAGCACUGGCAGCAUGCGUGAAUCCACAGCAGCGUGCGGCUAGAGGCCCUGUGGACCUGUGGCUGCUUUUGUCAGCAGCACUCCACUGGCCAUCAAGACGGCUCUCUGAUUUGGUCCUCAAGGUCCUGCCAGAGAUCUUUUCAGAUCUCACAGUACUGACCCCCAACAGUUCUGUGAAGGGGUAUCGUUUGGAUUGCAGUGGCAGAUUCGUGGACUUCGGUGUGCGAGUACCCGUCCUGCGAUGCGUACACUGUCUAUAUUGUUGCGUGCUUGCUGAAUCAUUGCAGAGUCCUUCAGAGGCAGCCAACUUCUUGAGAUCUGCAUGCGAGGUGACUCGGAAUGGUGUUGCAACUUUGAAGGUUGGUUGCCUUCAGCAUUUGAGUACACACUUUGCGGCCUUCCUGACUGCCUUCUUGGACAUGGCACCACAAAACUCUCCGGGGUUGAGAGCGGCGCUUCUUCUGGUACAGUCGAUGCGCAGGAAGCUUGGUCCAAAAGCACCAGAACGCUUGGCUCUCAUGGACGAUCGGCUCAAGUCCAUUUGCGCAUAGAUCCUGUGCAAGUUGCAAAGUGAACCCAAAGGGCAUCAAUCAGAUCGAGAAGCAUGCUUGCCGGUGGCUACGAGAACAACUGGUUGCGAUUCAUGAAGAUCGCGGAUUGCCAGGAUAUUUCUUUGAGGUUCCCACAUCGACGGCAACUGCAGUCUGAGCAUGUCUGAGAACGGUUGCGAUCAAUCUAGGACUAGGGAAGGUUCAUCACAACGAGAAUGAGCUUGAAUGUUCAUUCCAUGUCAUUUCUUAACAGUGCCCAGCAAAACAAGGUCAAAAAGCGUUUCUUGCCGUGGAGUGCAAAAUCCCUUCAAAAUUAGGC